AUGUUCACGCACCAGUUAAAGCAGCGCGAUGUGCCAAAUGAGUGCGAUAACUCGCUCCGGCUCGUCCUCAUCAAUCAGACAAUCUCCGUAUCGGAGCCCGAGAACUGCGGAAAAAGCAAGCGGAAACGCCCCAACACGUUGUGGAGUGUAGCUGCUGUCUGGACGUCAGGAGAAUCCUGCCCGCACUCCCACUUGCCAUUGCCUCAAAGCAGCUGGCGAUCCUUAUUGGCAAAAUGUGCUGCUACAACACUAUCAUCAAAAUUAAUAGGAGGCGAAAAAGAAUUUUUUGCUGAAAUGGUUGUGGACGCUGUCCUUGCUAUUGUAAAUGAUGAUAGAUUAAAUUUACUUGGAAUAAAAAAGGUUCCAGGGGGUACUAUGAGGGAUUCAUUUCUUGUUAAUUGUGUUGCUUUCAAAAAGACAUUCUCUUAUGCUAGUUUUGAGCAGCAGCCAAAGAAGUUUCUGAAUCCAAAAAUCCUUCUGUUAAACAUUGAAUUAGAGUUGAAAUCAGAGAAAGAAAAUGCUGAAAUCAAACUAUCAGAUCCACUGCAGUAUCAGUCAAUAGUUGAUGCUGAGUGGAAGAUCAUCUAUGACAAGUUAGAUAAGUGUGUCAAGAGUGGAGCAAAAAUCGUCCUCUCGAGAUUGGCAAUUGGCGACCUUGCAACUCAGUAUUUUGUAGAUCGAGAUAUAUUCUGCAAUGGGAUUUAG